AUGUUUUUAACUUUUUCGAUAUUAUCGCAGAGUUCGGAUGAAUUAAGACAAAAGCUUCAAUACACUUCCUUUGAGCUCGAAGCUGUGAAAACAAAAGCUAAUGAAGAAUCAAAGCUUCACCAAGAAGAAGUGAAGAAUCUUCUUCAUCUUCUCAAGCUUGCUCAUCAAGAAAGAGACGAAGCUAAAGAUCAAUUACAGAAACUCCUCACGAUUAAAGCGAAUUCGAGCAUUACCGAGUCAAACUCACACGGUUCUUCACCGGUUGAAUCGUUCUUCGAACCGGUCUCCUCCCCUGAAUUCUCCAAUUUCAACAUUGUACCGGAACCGGUUAUCAAGCUUCAAAACAAACACGUUAACCGGAUCAACUAUUCUCAACAGAGACCGGUUAAGAUUGAUCCAGUGGAGGCUCUGAUGGAUGAGAUUAUAAAGGGAAAAACAUUACCGGAGAAAGGGAAGCUUCUUCAAACUGUGAUGGACUCUGGACCGUUGCUUCAGACACUUCUUGUCGCCGGUCCUCUUCCACGGUGGCGUAAUCCUCCGCCGCUUCAACAGAGUUUCAGAGUCCCGCCGAUUUCGAAUUCUUACGAUACCUUAAAAGGUUGUUAUACGAAGACGACGACGUCAAUGCUUGAUUUCAGAGGCUGCUCUGUUCCUGGAAUUUCUAGUGGAAUAGAAUUUGCUAAGAGACAAAGAUUUCAUUAG